UACGUUCAGCCAAUCAGCGAACAGAACCGGAACUAACGUUACCAGGCGGGACCUUGAACUAAAACGCAAACAAUGGCGGACGUACCCACUCGCAGACCUUAUCAUAUUAUUAUUUUCGGUGCCACGGGGUUUACAGGGCAGUUUGUUGUGGAGGAAGUCGCCCGAUGUGCUGCAGAGGGACCCGGGCUCAGCCCUCUGAAAUGGGCCGUGGCCGGGAGAAGCAGACAGCGUCUGGAAGAAGUGUUGAAACAAGCCGCAGGGAGGCUGUCUAUGCCUGAGUUGAGGACAGACAUUGAGGUCAUUGUUGCUGAUGUGUCUAUUGAGGAGUCACUGGCCAUCAUGUGCCAACAAGGUGUUGUCAUUCUCAACUGUGUGGGACCAUACAGAUUUUAUGGUGAACCAGUGGUCAAAGCCUGCAUAGAAAAUGGAGCUCACUAUAUAGACAUCUGUGGGGAGCCUCAGUUCUUAGAAUGUAUGCAGCUGCAGUAUCACACCAAAGCCCUGGACAGAGGAGUGUAUGUGAUUGGCAGCUGUGGCUUCGACUCCAUACCAGCAGACCUGGGUAUUCUUUACACACAGAGGCAGUUCAAAGGAACACUGACAGCUGUGGAGAGCUUCCUGAAAAUUACCAGUGGGCCUGAGGGGUUUUCUGGUCACGAUGCCACUUGGCAGUCUGCUGUGUAUGGCUUCGCAGAUAGCGGCUCACUCCGCCAGCUGAGGAAGAAGUUUGGCUACAAGCCGCUGCCUGUGGUGGGAGCCAAAGUCCAAAAGAGGGGUUUUGUGUUUUUCAGCAAGGAGAUUGAGCAGUAUGCCAUCCCGUUUAUGGGUUCUGACCCCUCAGUGGUCAAGAGAACCCAGCGUUUCCUUUAUGAGGAGGAGCACCAGUCACCAGUUCAGUACAGUGCCUACGUUGGGGUCGGUGGCCUCUUCUCCAUAGUCAAGCUCUUCUGUGGUGGUGUACUCUUCUGGUUUAUGGUCAAAUUUGGCCUGGGCAGGAAACUCCUCACCACGUUUCCAUCAUUGUUCUCCUUUGGCUUGUUCAGCAAGGCUGGUCCAACCAUGAAGCAGAUAGAAAACACAUGCUUCAGCCUGACAUUUUUCGGGGAGGGUUACUCAGACGGCACAGACCCCUCACAGGGCCGACCCAACGCUAAGAUCUGCACUCAGGUCAUUGGAGCAGAGCCCGGUUAUGUAGCCACAGUGUCUGCUAUGGUACAAGCAGCUGUAACCUUGCUGAAUGAAUUGCACUCUCUUCCCAGGAGGGGAGGCGUGUACACUCCAGGAGCUGCCUUCUAUAAAACCAGUCUCAUUGACCGUCUCCAUAACUACGGCAUCAAGUUCUCAGUCAGAAACUACCAGUAGCCACUACCAAUAACCACUGUAAAGAUCACGCCACUUUCCAGUUACAGUAUAUUGUAUUUGUUCUGAUAUCGACCUUUCAUCCAGUCAGCGUGACAACUUUUUUUUUACCAUGAUUGCCACUGUAAAAUCCCAGAACCCUGCAUCUAUUGUUUCUAUUAUUGUAUCUAUGUCUACAAGCGCUGUCUGUUUGUCAGUCUAGUAAAAUCACUCUCAGGGUUGUGAUUCCUCAGAGGGUCCAGAGUGUUGUGGCAGCAGUUAACAGAACCACUGGUGCAGGGAGAGGUGCACUGUACAGCUCAAUGACACUUGAAAUGAAACAUGUACACUUUAGCUGACCACCCACUGAGGUCAGCUAUGCCUUUGCUAAACUCUGUUUCCUUGAGAUUCAACACAAUCUAGAACAAACACUAGAAGAAAUGAUAGCCAGAAUAUAAACUUGUUUAUAGUAAAUAUUUUACUGUAUAUUUGUGUAAUUAUGUAUUGUAAUAUAAUCUUCAAUCAAAAAUGAACUGUGGUGGAAUGAUAUGUACUUCUUUUAGUAUGUGCUAAUUAUGUGAUUGUUGUUUGACCCAACCUCUGUCAACAAUAUAAUCAACACUUAUGUUGUGUAUGUGUGUGUGUGUGUGUGAAAUGAGAGUGAAACAUUUCAAAUUAAAGCACUAAUCUGAGUUUGACAA